UCUUGAGUUGCACAAAGAACGUCAAUAAUCUGUAAUUUAAUUAAAAGUCAGCAAUUGCAACGCAUUUAAUGUUCUAAAAUGGAUUAUCGUGUUUUUCUAACACUGUUGUUCGUAUUGAGCGGCACGAUAAAUGUUUUAUUAAUCAAAUGGACGAGCAUUCAAUUAGUGGAGGGCAGCGAUGAAAAGUUGCAUCGUUUUCAGCAUCCUGUGUUCUUAACACUGCUCAUGUUCGUGGGCGAAUUUCUUUGCUUUGGAGUGUACAAGGUGGUUUAUGCGCUAAUGAGUCGACGCGGGCUUAGCACAGAUCAAAACCUCGUUUUGACCAGCGGCAGCAAUGAGUUUCAUCCGUUCAGCAUGUUGUUGCCGUCAUUUCUGCGUACAAUUGCAUCAAUUUUGCUGUUUACUGGCUUGUACUUGACUUAUGCUACAAGCUUUCAAAUGAUAAGGGGCGUUGCACUGAUCUUUGUGGGCCUGUUCAGCACCAUGUACUUGAACCAAACGUUGACAACACGCCACUGGCUAGCCAUUUUCACAAUGACCUGCGGCAUCGUGGACAUAUUGGCCUUGGAUGUGCAGCGGGUGGAAUACGAUAAUCAAACGGUACCGCAUACGGAUCACAACACUAUUUUGACAGGCGACUUAUUGGUAAUAAUUGCUGAGGUGCUGCAGGCCUUUCAGUAUGUGUACGAGGAGAAGCACUUGAAGGCCUCCGAUAUGGUGCCCAUCCAAGCUGCUGGCUGGCAGGGACUUUUUGGAAUAAUUAUCACAAUCUUGUCAGCGAUUUGCCUAAACUUUGUUCCUAGUGUUGUGCCCUUCAAUGAUAGCUCGCGUGGUGUCUUUGAUGAUCUAGGUGACCUUAUUCCGCAGCUACGUGGCAACACAAUGUUAAUCCUUGCACUUAUCGGCUUUUCAUGCUCCUGUGCCAUUUACAACUGUGUGGGACUCUCGAUCGCAAAGUUCUCAUCUAGUGCUAAUCGUCUGCUCGCUGAUGGAAUACGAGUCUACCUCAUUUGGGCGUUUGUCAUCUUUGCCGAGUGGGAAAUUAUGAAUCUAAUUACAAUUAUGGGUCUUCUCAUACUACAAAUGGGUAUCGUCAUGUACCGGCAGGCCAUCUUUCUUGAAUGGUAUCGCGCCUUACUGGGUCGCUGGCAGCGCAGUCGUUAUAUGGACUUGAGCGCCAAUGCUGGGCCCACGCCAAGCACCCAACCAGCGGAUGUUAUAUAAAGUGUGGUAGUGACAAAGUUUUGAAUUUAUUGUGAUAAGAGAAGCGGGCUGAUAUAUAACUAUCCAGUUUUGGGAUGCAUCAUUUAAAUUUACUUAUCAACUGAAAAUAAUACGAAUAAAUACCUUCAUGCGUUAAUUAAACUUAA